CCCAUUCAACUCACCUCCCUCCUUUAAAUCUCUCUGUGGUUAUUGAUCCAUUCUUGUUCUCUCCCAUCGCUUUGAUUUUUCAGUAAAAUUUCCUUCUUUUUCGGGUCUCUUUCAGUAGAUUUCAAUUGAGUUUUCCGACCCAAUGUUUUCUACAUUCCUUGUGCAUUCUCUAUGAUGCAGAUCUGUCUUCUUCAAUCCUUCUCUGUCGUCUUUCUUUAUUGGUUCUAUGUCUUCUCAGAGGAACCAAUCAAUUACAUUACUCUAAAUUUGAUUUGAUUUGAUUGUUUUCUUCAGAUUUCCCAUCUUGUGUUGCAUUCAAAUCCACACUCCAAACCCACAUCAUCAUUCCUUGUAAAAAAAUCCUAUUCUUGGGUAUAUACCCAUUUCAUUGAAUUGCAAACCCAAUAACAAUGUCAACCCUGAAACAGACCAGCAGUGGCUCCACCACAUCAAUUGGGGACCAGAGAUACGAGGGCAUGGAUGAGAGGAAGAGAAAAAGGAUGAUUUCGAACAGAGAAUCCGCCAAGAGGUCUAGGAUGAGGAAACAGAAGAUAGUUGAGGAUUUGAGGAAUGAAGUGAGUCGAAUCCAAUGCGAAAACAAUGAAAUUGUGGGCCAAAUUGAUGAGACUAGCAUGGGUUACAUGGUGUUUUUGACACAGAACAAUGUGUUGAGGGCUCAAUUAGAGGAAUUGACAGAGAGGUACAGGUCCUGGAUUAGUCUCCUCAAGAUUACUGGGUUAAAUUUGGAGAUUCUUGAUAUUCCUGACCCCUUGCUCAAGCCGUGCCCGUCACAGCCUGUCUUGGCCUCCCCGACGUUCUUUCAGUCAUGAUCAUUGUCCAUUUUCAACAGCAUUGGGGUUUGGUUCUGUUUCCUUAUCUACUUUGAUUAAAUGUUUGUGUUAGAUUGAUUGUGUAUUCAUGGGUUUUUUUAUUUUUAUGUUGGAGAUUGUGGUUUGAAUUGUUGUAUAUGGAGAUUGUUGUUUGAAUUAGGCUGUGGGAUGAUUGUUUUGUUUAUUUUUGUGAUUUGGAGGCCACGAUUGUUUAAAGUUUUUGGAAAACAAUUAACAGGGUAGAAAGGCAAUUGAAAGAUGUGAUAAUGAGAAUUUGGAAUUAUAAAAUUUUAGCUGCUA